AUGUCAACCUAUGAUGUCUACGGUCUACCUGCUAAUGUGUACAUUCCCUCUCUAGACUACUUCACCCCUCAUGUCGCCAACAUGUCGCUAACUGCUUGCCGUCACGUCACCUCCACCACCAGUCAACGAAGGGGGGCACAUGGGAGAGAGUAUCAUGAUAGCAGGGAAGGGAGCCAUUUGGGGGCAAGCAAUAGCAUAUAACUAGCCUCUCCAGUAGUAGUAGUAAGUAGUAUUGAUCGAUUGUAUAUGAAUUAUCCCCCUCAUUGUUACUGAGUAAAAAAUAUCAUAAAUCUUUCUAAACUA